AUGGCAUCCACUGCCAAAGCUUCCUCUGCGCUACUCUCGACGCGUCCACAGACUUAUAGUGACGACAACAGUGACAGCGACAGCAUAGCGAUGGCUUCUGACGUGGUGGAUGUGGACAUGGAAGAUCUGGAUCUGGCGGCUCGAGCACCUCGAUCUGGGUUCGUGACCGUCCCUGCAGUGGAGCUGGAGUGCGUAGAACUGCUGCAACAGGCGGAUGGAGUUCAACAAGCGCUUUUCGGGUUCGGCUGCGUGAUGUCUGGAGGAAUCCUGGCUGUGUUGGCGUCCUGGAAACCGAAGUGGAAGGUCAAGAUGCUGCGAUGUCCAGCUCAAGGUACAAUGGACGCGACAUCGGUGCUUGUGGCGCAUACGUUGACGUGGACGACGAGCAAGAAGAAGAAAAAGAUGAAGAGGUUCUACGAAGAGUGUCCGUUGUCACAACCUGUGGACAGUCCGCCAUGGUUCGAGUUCAGAAAGUGUCGCUACGUGGUUGACGAGAGGGAGCCGCUGGGGUUUUCAAGACUCGAGAACGCUCUUAACGAGAAGUUGGGAUCGGCCCAACGACGGUGUUUGGAAGGCAGUGGCUGGUCGACAUCACAAGUUGAAGGGCUGACGGGGGUACAUGGAGCUAACGAACUCGCGUUGAAAGCACAGACGUGGCCGGAAGUGCUGUUGAGGAAGGUGGCACACCCGUUCUACGUCUUCCAAGUCGUCAGUGGUUUGGUGUGGCUCUGCGACGGAUACGAGGCCUACGCCACUGUCAUCUUGGUUCUCUCAGCACUGUCGAUUGUUUGGGAAGUGCAUGAACUGGUGACGAAUGACAAGAAGCUGCACGCGAGGUUGGCGCAUGCAGAACAUAGCAUCUCGAAUGGCGUAAGAGUGAUCCGAGAUUCGAGGGAGAAACGCAUGAGCCCUGCCGAUCUGGUUGUUGGAGACGUUGUGGUGAUUGAUGAAGGCGUUAUACCGGCGGAUAUCGCUCUGCUCUCAGGCCACUGCAUGGCUGAUGAAGCUACGCUCACAGGUGAAGCCAUUCCAGUGACCAAACAAGCACUCGCAGCUCCUGAUCCUUCGUUUGCUGUCAAUUCGAAGCUGAAGACAACACACCGUGAGAGUGUGCUUUUCGCUGGAUCGACAGUGUUAGAGUUGGCGCACUCGAGCUCAACCCAAGGAAACCGAGAUGAAUCCAAGACUUCUACUCGUGGUGUGGUGCUAAGCGCGGGCUUUUCGACAUCCAAAGGCGAACUCUUCCGCUCCAUCCUGUUCCCGACACCUCUACAGCUUACUAAGCGUCUGGAGAGUGACAGCUAUCGCUUCAUGGGCGCUCUGUCAGCCCUGGCUUUCAUCUUGUUCGUGGUCCGUAUGAACAACGCUAUGCACGACCAAGGCGUGUCGUUCGGUCGAGCUUUCCUGUCAGCUUUCGAUCUCGUCACCAUCGCUGUUCCCCCAGCUCUUCCCGUCGUGCUUACUGCGGGUGUUGGCUUCGCAUUAUCACGUCUUGAAAGUCAGGCUGAUGUGGCGUGUAUCGACGCCGCACGGAUGAACAUUGCGGGCCACAUUGACUGCUUUUGCUUCGACAAGACUGGCACACUUUCAAGUGACCAUCUAGAUUUUCAUGGGGUGGACGAGUGCUCCGCUGCAGCUCCAGGUACAUCGAACCAGAAGCAACAGCCAGCGUUUCAUGGGCUCCAACGUGAAGUGGAAGUGCUCUCUCCUCCUGCCAUCAUUGGCUUGGCCACGUGUCAUGGACUCACUGAGCGGUCCGGUCAGAUUCAAGGUUAUGCUCUCGAGAAGGAUAUGUUCCGUGCCACUGGCUACUCGCUGGAACCAGAGACGUCCGACAACACUGUGAUGCCUGGACAGUUUGCAGCGCUUGUUGCGUCUCCCAUUGGGAAGCUUUUCGGUGUUGUGGCUCGCUUCCCGUUCGACGCAGCUCGCCAGCGAUCGUCUGUGGUAGUGGAAGAUCUGGACAGUGGCAACCGCUACGUGUACGUAAAAGGCUCGCCCGAGGCUAUACGCAAGAUCUGUACACCAAACACGCUCCCCAGCAAUUACACAGCACGUGCACGCUCGUACGCGCAUCAAGGCUUCUACGUCGUGGCUCUCGCGACCAAAACUUUUGCUCCAGCUGCUGUAUCGCCAAAGUCAGAGACAUCGCUGCCAGUGGCUCGAGACGCCGUGGAGAGCUCUGUGGGGUUUCUGGGCUUUAUGCUGUUUGUCAACCAAGUGAAACCCGAAGCUCCGUACGUUGUUGGAGCACUCGAAGAAGCUGGGGUGGAUGUACGUAUGAUCACGGGAGACGACGCACUCACAGCGAUUCACGUCGCGCGCAAGAUCAACAUGGACAUGCAGUCGUCAGUGCUUCUUAUUGACGCACAGCGGCAACAUGAAAGUGACGAGGAGACGGCUGUCGUGUACACUGACGUCGAUGAGUUGGCUCAAAGCACUCGCGAAGGCACUUCUGGAAGCUCGGAAGGCACGUGGGCGCCUGUCGAUCGCCACUCUUUCCUCUCACUUGCUGAAGGUAGUUCGAUUGCAGUGACAGGAGCAGCAAUCGAACAACUCCUAGCGUCAAACGAAGAAGAAGAAGAAAAACCCACGGACACCUCCACAACAACACCUCCAGCGAUGUCACUGACGGAUUUUGCUGAAGAAUUAGUGGGCCGAACGAAGGUGUUUGCACGAGUGCGACCGCAUCAGAAGACGUGGAUUGUGGAGACGCUUAUGACUCGACACGGAGCUUGUGUGGCCAUGUGUGGCGACGGAGCCAAUGACUGCGGCGCACUGAAAGCUGCUCAUGUUGGACUCGCUCUCUCCAAAGAUGACGCAGCAUUGGUGGCUCCAUUCACGAGCCGCUCUCUGCGCGUGAGUGACGCUGUGGAGCUGCUACGUGAAGGACGCGGCGCUCUCAGUGCAGCCUUCGUCGCCUUCAGAUACAUGGUGAUCUACUCCGUCGUGCAAGUGACGCUGUCUGCCACUAUGAACACUCUGCACUCUCAAAUGAGCGACUCGCAGUUCCUGUUCGACGACUUGGUAGUCGUGUUUAUCCUGUCGCUGUUGAUGGUACGGACGCCCGCAUCUCCUCAACUCGGCUCGUCUUCCGUGGCUCCGUUCAAUCGAAGACCCCCCAGGACGCUUUUCGCUGCUGAGAUCUUGUUGUCUCUCCUAGGCCAGUUGGCUAUCUUCCUUGGAUGCGUGUACAUCGCGUUGGCAGCAGCAGAGGCGCGACCAUGGUUUUGUUCAGCCAAGAAGGCGCUGGAGCUCACGAGAGCUGCAUCAGACGGUGGCGAGAGCGAUCCAGACGUCGUUCAAGUGCCGUGCUACGUGUUCGUGCCCGGAGAACCGGCAGACCUGACGUCUCACUCGUACGAGAACAGCGUUCUAUGGCGCUUCGGCCACCUCCAGUACUGGAUUGCUGCUGUCGCACUCAACGUACGGGACAACUAUCGAGCGCCGUUGCUUCGUGCGAACCGCUCGUUUGUUGCGUAUGCUUUCGUCCUGCUGAUCAUUCUACUGGUGCAGCUAUUGGGUGACAACGGCAACCUCGGAGAUGAAGAAACGUCGACGUCGGCAGCGGUGGCGAAGGCCUUGAAGUCACGCGGCGUGGACGUGAGCUUGGGAGCGCUGGAAUUGCCUGUGGGCUUUGCGUGGUCCCUCUUCUCUCUCUUCCUCUUUGACGCGGGCUGUGUCCUGUGCUGGGAGAUCUUGGUGGUCGGCAUGGUACUGCCUCGCUUCCAACUGCAACACCCUGGCGGCAUCCACAGACGUAAGGGUAAGUUUGGCGGCUGGAGAUCCUACUUUGGUAUCACUGGAGACGAUAAACAGAGUCUCGUGUCGCCGUACGUUAAUGAACGUAAUGGUCUGCUAGGUGGAAAAGCGGGCAAACCGGACGGUGGAAAGCAAGUUAACGUGACUAGACAAUCGCUACAGCCGGUCAGUGCACGAGGAAACGCUGAUGCUGUAGGCAGCGACGACGACGACGAAGAGCAGGACGUGUUAGAUCUCCACCCUCCUGAGAUUGUCUAG